GUAAAACAAAAUUUAGUAAAUCUCACAAAAAAAUUAAAAUUGUCCUCGUGUUAGGCUUGAAAAAGGAAAUAAAAGAAUCUAAAAUGUUUCGCAUGGGAAUUCCUAAUCAGUCUGCUGAAGAACAACGUAAUCAAGUACGAAGAAGUGUAAGAAACAACUUUUUUUCAUUUGUCGCUCUUGUUGUUAUGAUUCGUUCAGCCCCAUAUGUAAUUGAAGUCUUAGGUGAAUCAUCUUUAUGAGAUUGGAGUCACCUUUCUGAACUGGGAAAUAAUAUCUUCCGAAUUUAACCAGCUCUAGGUGUUAAAACAUGAAAACAUUAUAAAAACCAAACAUACGAUUUAAGAUAACAUUAUAACUAAGGAUUAUAUAGUAAUGGAAGUAGUGGUGUUGAAUAAUAAAAGUUGUUGAUUCAAUAAUUAUUAAACAUUAAAUUUAAAUUUAUUUUAUUCUAACAACAAUUUUCAGUAUCAAAUAUGAGUU